AUGUCUGAUCAUAUCGAACACAAAGAACGAAGCACAGAAGAGAACGACAAUCAGAAAGACAAAAUAAUGGAGCACACAAAUGGUGGCUUCUUCAACCAUUCCUCUCCAGAAUCCCUCUCCCCGAAUUUCAUCCGCCCUUCCAUGGUUCAGCAGCCAUCAGUCAUCACGCUAACCAAAGUGAACGGAUCAGAACAAGGAGCUGAGGCCGGAAGCUCACCGCCAAAAAAAAAGAAGACCAGAGGAAAAAAGCUUUUUAGCGACGAAAAGUGCGCGAUUUGCAACAGAAAAGCGCAGGGAAUCAAGUACAAUGCGAUCAGCUGCGACUCCUGCCGCGUAUUCUUCCGCCGCAUCGUUCUCCUUCAAAACAACGCUUCACUCAGCAACAUGACCUGCCAGCGCGAGGUGAUUAUCAACCGCGCGCCGAACCUAACUCCGCGGGAAAUAAUGCUCAAAUGUCAACACUGCCGCCUCGAAGCCUGUUUAAAUGCUGGAAUGAGAGCUGAAUAUGUUCAAGGAACGCAGAGCUUCAACGACCGUCGAACUUGUCGAAAAGCGGGUGGCAGUCGGGGCGAGAACGAUAGCGCCUUGGUUUCAAGGAACAAACCAUCGACAUCAUCGACUAUUCGAUCGAUCGAUGCAAGUCCGCAUGACUCAACAAUGCUCGAACUUGUCAAGACGUUUUGGAACGAUUACACGAGCAACAGACAUCUGCGAAGUGGAAGUGUCGCAUCAAUAACAGCCGAGAAAAAUACUGGUGCAAUGACUCGUUGGGAGCAACCGACAAAUGGCUGGUCAAAGUUGCGCUGCGUUGAUCACAUCCGAGAUUCGCUGACGAUGCACGUAGAAGUCCUCGUUGAUUUCAUCAGCGUACUGCCCUAUGUUGGAAAUCACUUCAACCAGACGGAACGAAAAACUCUCGUCACUCGAAGUUUCAUGGAGCUCGUCAUUCUCCGCUGGACGAAAACGACGGCCGAGUCUGCCGGUCAUAUUACAGGCGUUACUGGCAAUAAUUACAGUAUCAAGGACAUGAGUAAAUUCGGUGAUGAUUGGAAGCAGAAAUUCAAAGAAUACUUCGCCUGCGCUAUGAAAAUAAAGGCCAUCGGUGGGGAUGAUCUCGAUCAUGCUCUUGUUGCCGCUUUGCUACGGGAUUUUGAAUCCAUCAGAUGA